CAUCAAGCAUCACUAUAAUUUCAUAUCCAUUUUCUUUACCAACUUAUUAUACUGAAGUAGCGGUUCUACUUUUAAUAAGUCUAAGAUAUCAAACAACUAAAAGAUAUUGGUUGAGUUUUUUCCAUCUCACAAACCGUGGAUUGCACAUACUAUUAGUUGUGCAAUCUACGAAUACCAUAGAUUGCACAACUAAUAGCUAUUUCUUUAAGUAAUAUCUGUUUUAAUCUUCCUCUGUUAAUUUCCAUUUUUAGACAUAGCUUCCUAGUGAGUUUAGAAAGAAGAUGAUGUAAACUUUUAUUCGGACUUGGCAUUAAUUUAACGUUUAGUUCUCUUUCAUUAAUUGAUUAAGAAUGUUACAAGUUGAUUUUUUAAUUUUAUUUCUAAGAGUCUGAUAUAACCGACCACCCAUCAACUUAAAAUGAGUGCACCAUAUCCCAUAUAGGUAACAGAAGUCUUCCAAAAUCUUAGCUUUAGACAAAAGAGAAAACAAAGAAUAAAAAAUCAUCCAAAGUAAAGCAAUAACGACAUUGACACCCCCAAGUCUCCUCUACAAGUCUCUCUCUCUCUCUUUUUUAAAUCACUUCCUUAGCUCUCUCAACAUAAACCAAACACAAAAGACACACUGUUCAUAGAUCUCAACAAAUCAUGUACUAUCUCCCCACUUCUUGUCUGUUCUUGUUUUUCCUCUUCUCCUCUUUCCACCCUCUUCCUUAUGCUUCAAGUAAACAAGAACUCGGGUGGUGCGAAGCUCAGUUUCAGUGUGGGGACAUAACGGCUGGUUUCCCCUUCUCCGGUGGGAGUCGUCCCCAAAUUUGCGGUCAUCCAUCGCUGGUGCUUCACUGCUUUAACAACAAGACCUCUAUAAUCAUCUCAGACCAUUUUUACAAUGUUCUCCAUAUAGAUCAAACAUCUAACACUCUUAGACUCGCUAGAGCAGAGCUUGAAGGUUCUUUUUGCAACGCGACAUACACAGCCACAACCUUGCCUUCCGAUAUUUUUGAGCUUUCGUCGACCUACACGAGCCUCACUGUUUUCUACCUCUGCGAUCCUAAGCUUUCUUACCGUUCAAGUUAUACAUGUCCUGGUAGAGGCCUUAUCUCAGUGUCUCAAAACCUUGAUUACAAGUAUUCCUGCCAAGACAGUUUCACAAUUAACGUUCCAAAGAGCUUUGUUCCAGAAGAGAAAGAGUUGAAUUUGAGAAAAUUGGAAAAGGCUUUUCAAGAAGGGUUUGAAGUGAAGGUGAAGAUUGAUGAGAAAGCUUGUCAAAAAUGUUCAUCCUCUGGUGGAAUCUGCGGCUUCGAAAAUUCAACACAGAUUUGCUGCAAGCAAGCCUCAUCAUCAGGAUGCAAUAAACUCCAUCCACUACUUGAUGCUGAUGAGCUUCACAGACUCUGCAGUCCCUCGUUUACGUGUGGCAAUCAGAGCGGUUUCCUGUACCCUUUCUGGAUUGCUGGCAGAAAAGAAUGCGGUCACCCUGACUUCGAGCUUGAGUGCGGCACAGGAUUCCCAGAGCUUAGCAUUUCCUCUGUGAAUUUUAGAAUCCUAGCGGCGAAUUAUGACUCUGGUAUCAUAAGACUCGCCAGAUCAGAUAAGAUCGAUGAUCCAUGUCUCCAAGGUUCCUUAACUACGUCAUUCAACGAAACAAUCCUUCCACUUGCUCCAACCACCGACCUGCUAACCAUUUAUUACGACUGUAGCCGAGACUUUUCAUCGUUUGUUUCUACUUUUGUUAAAGACCUUGAUUGUCCAGAUGAUGAGACUGAUGAUAGAGGAAAUUACUAUGUGACAAGAAACCUCUUGUCCCCUGUACUUCAAGGGAUCAGUAAUGCUUUAAACGACUUCAGGAGAUUUUGCAGUAGAAACGUUAGUAUUCCCGCAUCUAUAACCGCGCUGAGCACGCUAGAGAGUUCUCCAAGUACAGAUAAUCUAAAGAAGGCACUUGAAGAUCGUUUCGAGCUUCAAGUUAACUCAGAUUGUCGGACGUGCAUAGACUCUAAGGGUGCUUGUGGAUUUAGUCAAACCUCAAGUAAAUUCGAAUGCUAUUAUAUAGAAAAGCCACAAACCCCUCAAGUAGAUUCGUCUGCUAGAAACAAGGAUAAAGGCCUCUCUAAUGGAGCAAAAGCAGGCAUUGCUGUUGCUUCUGUAUCGGGUUUGGCCAUUCUUAUACUCGCAGGUGUGUUCUUAUGCAUCAGACGGAGAAGGAAGACUCAAGACGCUGAAUACACAAACAAAAGCUUGCCCAUAACAUCAUAUUCGAGUAGAGAAACAUCAAGAAAUCCAACUUCCACAACAAUCUCCUACAGUAGCAACCACUCUUUUCUUCCCUCAAUCUCUAACCUCGCAAACGGAAGCGACUACUAUGGUGUUCAAGUCUUCAGCUAUGAAGAACUUGAAGAAGCAACUGAGAAUUUCUCUAGAGAACUCGGAGAUGGCGGCUUCGGUACUGUCUACUACGGCGUGUUGAAAGAUGGACGAGCUGUAGCAGUGAAACGACUCUACGAAAGAUCACUAAAACGCGUAGAACAAUUCAAGAACGAAAUCGAAAUCUUGAAGUCCCUAAAACAUCCGAAUCUCGUGAUCCUCUACGGAUGCACAUCGAGACACAGCAGAGAGCUAUUACUCGUCUACGAAUACAUCUCAAACGGAACUCUAGCAGAACAUCUCCACGGCAACCGCGCAGAAACUCGUCCUCUCUGCUGGUCAACCCGAUUAAACAUCGCAAUCCAAACCGCAAGUGCAUUAUCCUACCUCCACAAAUCAGAAGUCAUACACAGAGAUGUCAAAACUACUAACAUUCUCUUAGACGAUAACUACCAAGUCAAAGUCGCCGAUUUCGGACUUUCGCGGUUGUUUCCAAUGGAUCAAACACACAUAUCAACAGCACCACAAGGCACACCAGGCUACGUAGACCCAGAGUAUUACCAAUGCUACAGUUUAAACGAGAAGAGCGACGUCUAUAGCUUCGGAGUCGUAUUAAGCGAACUAAUCUCAUCAAAAGAAGCAGUAGACAUCACUCGUCACCGUCACGAUAUCAACCUAGCGAACAUGGCUGUAUCCAAAAUCCAGAACAAUGCAUUACACGAGCUAGUAGAUUCGAGUUUAGGAUUCGAUAAUGAUCCAGAAGUUAGGAGGAAGAUGAUGUCGGUGGCGGAAUUAGCGUUUAGAUGUUUGCAACAAGAGAGAGAAGUUAGACCUUCGAUGGAUGAGAUUGUGGAGAUUUUGAGAGGGGUUAAGGAGGAAGAGGAGAAGCGUGUGUUGGUGAAGUCGCCGGAUGUUGUGGAUAUUGAAUGUGGUGGUGGUGAUGAUGUUGGAUUGUUGAGGAAUAGUGUUCCGCCGCCGAUUUCGCCGGAGACUGAUAAGUGGACGAGUAGUUCUGAUACGGCGGCGAGUUUGUAGUUAGGGUCCUUGUUUUAAAAAUCGCUAGGCGCUAGUCGGGCGCUCGGCAUGGGCCUAGCGAUUAAUCGGAAAAUCGGAUUAAAAUCGGGG